UCUCGCUAGGUUCAGACAUUGAUGAUGACGUCGAUCUGGAUAGCAGUUUAGACAACACAGGCAACGUAUCAGACAGAGAUUUCAGCAUGGAUGGAGACAACAGUCGGGAUAGUAAAGAAAAUGUCGGUCCGCCUUGCCUAGGUAAUAACAGUAUUAUGAACAAUACCUGCAACACUAACAGCAAUUCGUCGAUGGCGCCCAAUUCCGUUUCGUCCAACAUUGGCAGCCCAGACGAUGUGAAAGACGAUACAAUUAUUAACUUUUCAAACAGUGUUGAUAGUCUUUCAAAUUCGGGGACAUUACCCAUAAACAAAAAUAACAACAGCAAUGCUAAUGGGACCACGAACAUUAUUACUAAUAACAUCACGAACAAAAACAAUAACACAGUCAAGGACAACAGCAAAGACUCUACGAACAUUUCAGCAGAUCACUCCGAAAGCAACAUGGGUGCUAAACGACGGGGACCACGUACGACCAUCAAAGCGAAACAAUUAGAAACACUAAAAGCGGCUUUCGCUGCCACCCCUAAGCCAACACGGCAUAUAAGGGAACAACUGGCACAAGAAACGGGGUUGAACAUGCGUGUUAUUCAGGUGAGGAACCUUUUUAUAUUAAACAUGUAUUGGCAAUAUUUCUGUAUUUUAGGUUCGACCAAGAAACAAAGUUUGCUUCUGUAAGUGUGAACAAAACAU